UUGGUUAGUUGCAUGUCUGUGUGAAGCACCAAGAAACAUUAAUUCCAAUAUCAGACAGAACACAAUCUGAAAGGAGAUGAUUGUCUGAUCCUCUGUAGCCUCAGAUCGUUCCGAAAGAAAUAAACCUGAGCACCGCUCAUCAGGCCAAGGCCCCCUGUCAUCCAUUAAAGCGGCAAUCAAAAGGAUAUUCAUGAAUAGUGCACAUCAAAUAUGCCCCGUGGAAGAGCUUCUCGGACAUCUGGCCACAGUGAACAGCAGAGAGAGAGAAGGCGACCUGAAAUCACGAUAGUUGCUGCUGAACCACUUGGGCCAUCUUCCUGGUUUCCGGGUGGAAAUCACAUUCCUCAGCAAAGGCUAGUGUUUCAAUCAUCCCGCACCCAGACUUCUUGGAGAACAAGUGAGCUUGUCCCGGCUGAGCCACCUUCAUAUGAGCAAGUAAUCAAAGAAAUCAAUCAAGUGCAAGUCAAUACAACCAGCAACAGUAAUGUUGCCAACGCUGCAAAUUCUAGAUCCACUGCUACUUCUUCAACACAAACUGACUUUCCAGAAGAUCAGAUAAUCAGCAGUUUGCCGGAAAUAAAUGUGAAAAGUAAUCUGCAUGUUUAUUCUGAAUGUAAAAGCACUCCAGCUGUACAGGUUCCUCGCAAACCACCUAGACCUUCAUCUUGCCUGUUGAACAGCAAUCCUUCCAAAAAUGAAGAUCUUCUAGUUAUCUUGGAAGAACAUACAUGUCAGGAAAAGCCUAAUGCUGUGAUAUGUCCUGUGCCAAAACCAAGAUCUAAAGGCAACCUGAAACCUGUUCUUAGAGAUACUCAGAGUAGCGCACAAGACAAUCACAAAAAAACUACAACAGAAAAGGACACCCCCUCAAUUCAUUUGAGCUUUCUACUAGAUGACAGCUUUGGUGACUGUCAUAUGGUGAUAGAUACCAUGGAUACAGACAAGAACCAAAGUAGUAUCAUAUCACGGAUUAAAGCUUUUGAAUUGCAAGCAAAUACAGAAACAAAGAAGGCAGAAGUAUCUCCCCAUUCAUUAGGCCCGAAACCCAUCAUUAGUGCAAAGAAACCUGUGGUGGCACCAAAGCCAGGGGUUAACAGAGCCUCGGGUGACUGUAAUUCAUGGACAGAAGGUAAGCUGAAGACUGUUUCCCAGGAAAGACCUCUUCCAUCUCAGGAAGCUGGGAGCACUGCUAUAAACAAGCCUGAAUUGCCAAAGAAACCAGCCAUUGUGAAAAGCACUAGCGAUGGGCUCCUUAAUUCAGGAAACAGAUCAGCGUCAGAAAGCAGUGAUGGACAGAGAAAAUCUCCCAUUCCUGCUCCCAGGCCACUUGUUCUCAAGAAGUCUGGCCCUGCUAGAAGUCCUGUUCUUCCUACAGUCCCACUGAAACCAGUAAAUGCUGCUCCCAGACUCUCUAUAGCUGCUCAGUCCCCAGCUUUCAGAUCUCUAGCGGAGCCCCCUGCAAGCAACUCCGUAGUACCUCCUGUUCAGAGUACACCAUCAAGAGAAGGUGAUCUGAUCAGCUUCGAUGAUGAUAUUUUUCCUCUAAACACAGCUGGGAAUCUUGAAGAACUUACUCGGUCAGCACCAGAUCUUGUCAGUUUGCCUUCCAAACAUGAGCCUGCAAAAGAACAGGCAAUCCAGUCAGCUGUUGUGCGGAAACCUACUGUGAUUCGAAUCCCAGCUAAACCAGCAAAAGCUUUGAAUGAAGGUCCAGAAAGCCCUCCUCCACUUCCUACAGAAAAACCAAUUGGAAACACAUCUGGCAUUUCAGCUGGAAAAAACAGCAACAUAAAAACAGCAAAAAAGGAGUCCGAGCAUUCCAGUUUGACAUUGUCAAGCAAGAAUAUACCUAUCAUGCCCCUACGGCCAAGUGAAGGUAAAAUCAUGCCAGCUCGACCUCCUCCACCUAAGGGUGCUCCAGGAAGGCCACCACCACCAAAAUCAGUCAAGACCUCGUCACAAAUGGAUGGCAUUUCUCAUUCAUCCUCAGACACUACUCUCCAUAAAAAACCCAGCACAUUUGGGUUAGGAGUCAAGAAGACCAAGAGUGAUGUUAUCAAAAACAGCGAUCCUGCUUUGCCUCCUCGACCCAAGCCAGGUCAUCCUCUGUACAAUAAAUAUAUGCUUCCUGUACCCCAAGGAACUGCCAAGGAAGACAUUUCUCUCCAAAGUACUCGGCAUACUUGCAAGGACAAUAUGCGGAGGGUAAACCCAAGUGCUGACUUAAGUGCUCCUCAUGCUGUGGUGCUGCAUGAUUUUCAAGCAGAACAUGGAGAGGACUUGAACCUUCAUUCUGGGGAGACUGUCUAUCUUUUGGAAAGAAUAGAUAAUGAGUGGUAUCGAGGAAAAUGCAAGAAUCGCACAGGGAUCUUUCCUGCUAGCUUUGUCAAAGUUAUUGUUGAUAUUCCAGGAGAAAACAACAGGAAAAAAGUGAGUUUUUCAUCACCAAAUAUUGUAGGCCCUAGAUGUAUAGCUCGAUUUGAAUAUAUUGGAGAUCAGAAAGAUGAAUUAAGCUUUUCAGAAGGUGAAAUCAUUAUUUUGAAGAAAUAUGUCAAUGAAGAAUGGGCCAAAGGAGAGCUGAGAGGCACCACUGGAAUUUUCCCAUUGAACUUUGUUGAAGUAAUUGAAGAUUUGCUUGACCCAGGUGAUGGAGCAUCUCUGAACAUUAAGAAUGCUGCCUCCGUGACACAGUUGGAAGAACCUGCUGGAGAGUGGUGUGAUGCACUCCAUGAUUUUACAGCAGAAACCCAGGAAGACUUAUCUUUUAAAAAAGGAGACCACAUCUUGAUAUUAGAGCACUUGGACUCAGAGUGGUACAGAGGGAGAUUAAAUGGAAAGGAAGGAAUUUUUCCUGCAGUGUUUGUUCAGGUUUGCUCAGGAGAAACACAUUCAUCACAGCCUGCAGGUGGGAAGAAAGGAAAAGCCAAGGCCCUGUAUGACUUUCAUGCUGAGAAUACAGAUGAACUGUCCUUCAAAGCUGGUGAUAUCAUAACAGAACUGGAACCUGUAGAUGAAGAAUGGAUGAGUGGAGAGCUAUAUGGCAAAUCUGGAAUAUUUCCCAAAAACUUUGUUCAGAUUCUACAGUUUUCCUAAAGAUGACACCCAGUUAUGGAUUAUCUACCCACACAAGUGAAUACCUUACUAGCACAAAUGCACAUUAUACUUCAGGCAGCAGAGAGGCUGACUUCUAAGAUAUUUGAUCUAAUCUUGACUAUCAAAAUGCAUUUUUGCACUAUUUUUAUAAAAAAGAACACUAGAUCGUAUAAUAUUUCCAGUUGACCCUUUCUUAAAAGCCCUACUUCAUUGUUUCAAUAACAAUUUGGUACAAUACUGGACUUUUAAGCUACCUGUCCCUUAGCAGUUUUAGCAUAUUUUUAAAAACUGAAUAUUCAAAUUCUGCUUGAGUUGCAUCUCUUCAUUCCCACUACAGAUACUGUGUUAUGUAAAUGUUUAAUAGUCUGUGUGUGAAAGUGGUAAAUCUUGUUAUAUUAUCAUAACUGUGGGGAGGGGGGUCUCUCCUUUUAAACCAUGUAAGUCAAAUUGCCCAUUCUUUUAAUGCAUCCCUUGCCUUGUGUUAGAAGAGUAAACCAGCCUGAAACCACAGGAUUCCUUAGUAACGGCUGCAACUUUAUAUGAACAGAAGGUGCCUUGUACUUGGCUAGUCUGUUUAGCCCAGUAUCAUCCACCUUAACUAGCAGUGGCUGUCAUAGAUCUCAAGUAGGUGUGCUUCCUAUCAUCUGCUAUCAGAUCUUUUUAACUGAACGCGUGGACUGAAUGAAGCAAUUCCUGGCAAUGCAUGUACUCUACUCCUGCGUUGUCCUGUGGUCUGUUCUCCAUCCUUUUCAUUUCCUAGAUUCCAUAGGAUCUACAGGUGACUGAUGCCAUUAUAUAACAUUUGUUAUUUGUUCCGCAUCCAAAGUACUGCUUCAUAGAUUCAACACGUUUCUUGAGGCCAUUUCUUAAUUUCAACGUUUUUCUAAAUAAUUUCCCUGAUAUUUUUGCCAAUGCGUUAUGCAUGUGAAAUACAUCUCUCAACUAUGACUGUUUAUCCGUACAAUGGGAACUAUCGAUUUAAUAUAUAAUUAGAACAAAAUUUUAUUAAACUCCAUUUUGCCUUGCUUUCUCUUGCUUGGAUUUCCUCUCUUCCCUUCAGGGUUGGAAGUAUAAUACCUAAACUGUAAACUUAAAGCAGUUUAAAAUUUCCCUUUGAUUUUCCAAAAUUCUUAAAAUAAAGCUGAACAUAAAACAAUCAUGUUCAUAAACUACCGACACAUGCUGAAUAGAUUUCAUUUACCUUUUAUUGGUGUAGGAAACAGCACUUUGUGUAAUACAAAUCUUGUCACAGACAACUAAAAUAUAAAGUGAUCAAGAAUCUCCAAUGCUCCAAAAGCAAUUAUUUCAUCAGAACAAGUUGGAAUUAGAAUCUUUUCAGCUCUU